AUGGCCCAACCUCACGUCCAGCUCCGCAGACCCAAAUGUCCACCCGUCCCCGAGGACCAACAAUUCUUCUACAACUCUGUCAUUCUGGUCAUUUCGGUCGCUCCCGAUCAAUGGAACUAUUUCUUUCGCACGGCGGUCAACUACGCCCGAGGCUACGGCGCAACGUGUGUCGAAAUGUGGCAGGACGACGUCACGCGCGUCAUGGUCAACGACGACGUGACGUGGACCCGCCUCCUCUCCCGAACACAACCUGUCGAACUACAGCUCUACGUACCCACGGUGUUUUUGAGCUUCGUCUGGUCUUGCAUCCGGGCCAAGGCAGUUCUCGACCCCGUGCCGGAGGCCGACAAGGUGCUCAGACCCACGGACGAGCGCUCUUAUUCUAUCCCACUACACAAAUACAAAGCAAACCGCGCGCGACAGCCGGACACCGAAUCCUUGAAGCAGCAGCCCACUAAGCGAAAGCGUACAUCGGGCGGCGACACCACCGAUGACGACGACGAUUCAGACGACGACUCCGCGAAAAGUGACGCUAGUGCCGAAAGUGAAAACAGUCCGCCACUUCUUGACCCCGGCGAGGACGGCAGGAUCGCCAAAAAGAAUCGUGAAAGCGCGACAGAGUUUCUCAAGCGACUUCUCCCUACCCGCGACCUUAGAGGCAACGCCCCGCGUAUUUUUGUCGCCCACCCGUCGUCGCCUCGGUGGCCAGAACCAGAAACGUUGGCACGGCUCCAGCGCAGUGCCAAGCGGUGUCUGUCUGCAUUCGCACGGGGACUGCUACGUCACGACCUGUCCGGCACAGAACUGGGCCUUGGCGGGUUCGUCCGGGGUCGCUGGCUUUUCUUGGUCGUCGCGGGGGUCGAUUCGCUCUGGAAAAUUACGGUCGAGGCCACGCUGAAGAACGAUCUGGGCUGCGCCGCAGAAGUCUGGCGAUAUGGACGGUCUUACAACAUCGCCAUCCACACUCUCGACUUCGGCGACAAGGACGAUCUUAAGAGGGUGUUUCUAAAGGCACGGGAGUUGGGCCUCGUCGCGAACCGAUUCGAAACCACGUACUAUAAACCGCUGAUUUUUACCGAGCUUGGCUUGCAUUCUAAGGACGAGUACGGCCUUAAGGUCUCGGCCACGGACAGCAGGUCCAUCUUCAAGGCACAACGUUGA